CUUGGAAACCAAACAACCGAGCUCUGUCUUAUUAACAUAUUAAUUUUUUUGUGUCGUAAAAGGCACAUUUGAGUUUCUCUGCUCAUUCACACAUUCAGGCUCUCAUUGACACUUACGUAACUUCAGUUUUGUCGAGGACUGCCACUAGCGAGGGGGAAACGACUCUGAGCGUGGGGAAAAAAUAACAGGUAUCAGAUUUCAGAACUGGUAGUGGAACCAAAGGGGGGGAAAAAUCAGAUAAUUCUGAUUAAAAUGUACAUUUUAAACAUACUUCUAUGAAUUAGUAAAAUCAAUAAAUAAUAUCCAAUGGUGCCUCUGAAGUUUUAAAUAAUUUCCCUUUGAAGGUUACACAAUAAAUGAGAUUAUAUAACACAAUAAAAAUACAUCCGAGGAAAGAGAAAACAUAACUAGAAACCAAAAUCCUGCACAAACCUGGGAAACAAUCUAGAUGAAUUAAAUAGGAAACAUUUCAAUUGUUUUUUUCCUUGGUGUAUAAUACAAGAUUUAAAGAUUUUUUUUAAAUCCUUACAGAUAAAUAAAACUGAACCUGUUUGUCUUUAUCAGUGUUGCACAGAAUCAGAGUUAUAACCUAACCUAAAAGCUUUCAUUUUUGCCUCUUUGGAAAUAUCAACAAUGAACAGUUAUUGAUGUGACGCUCCACAGUAACCUCAGGAUCAACAUGUAGGUCUUUACCUUUACCAUGCCUGUGUUAAUUCCAGUUUCACCAAAGCAUUCUGUGAUAUCGCGGGGAAGAAAAGGAAAUUACUCAACCUUGAGUGUGCACUUUCAGUUUACAGUUAGUUAUCAACGCAUUGCUGCAUUGUGAGGGAAAUCCCUGCAUCAGUUUGGGUAUAAAACACUUAAGGAUGUCUGAGUUCAGACAGAAGAAUCUGAAUCAGCCGUGAUAUCCAAGAUGCCACUGGUCAAGCUCUGUAAGUAUAAUGUAACAUAUUGACUGACUUAUGUGAUGAUUCUGUGAAGCUAUUUGGUAGAGGAAACUGAAGCUAUGUGUUUUCUUUCUUCUUUUUUUUUGUCAGACUCUACUCCUGCACUGCUGCUCCUGGUGCUCACCUGCUCUGUAUGGCAGCUCAGCCAGUCUCUGCCAGUGAAGGGCAAAGAACCGAUAACGGACUCUUGUGUUUUACACGCACAAACGCUUCUACGGAGCAUCACUGAAGUGCUACGCAACAGUACUGACGCACAGAGAAACCUGUUCAGUGGAAUCGACUGUAUGGCACAGAACAUGGUGCUGAACAUGGAGACCAACACACCAUCUGUGUGUUCUCCAGAGGGAUCAACAUGCUCUGGAAUCACUAAACUUGAAUUUGAUCAGGAUUCAUGCAUGACAGACAUGAAGAAGGACCUGAACCACUACUACAAAUUCCUUGCAGCUCAUUCAGACAGUUUGCUCGGUCAGACUGUUCUGCCCAGCCUCAGAGAACUCAUGGAGAACUGCUUCCAGUUACCUCUGCCGGGAGACAUAAAGGAGGCUGCCGCAGACCGUGCAAGCACCUACGACGAGAGACUGAAUCUGUGCAAGGUGCUGAAGGGCUUCCAAGUCCGAACCAUCACCAUCAACCGAGUCAUUGGAUACAUGAAGUCUGACGAACACACUAAAUGAAUCAACACUGAGCUCAAGCGCAACGAUUUUCAAUAAUCUUCUGAAAGCUCUACAGAACCACUUUACAUACAAAUGACAAAAACUACAGUGACACUUCAUGCUACGUUCAAAAAAUCUACUUUUGACAAAAAAAAAAAACACUUCAAUCUGCUUUUUAAUUAUUUAAGAGUGCAUAUUUAUUAUCUUUAUGUCUCUGUUUAAAUUAAUAUUUAACAUCCAGUGGAUGUGUAAAAAUACAUUUUUUAGAAGGGUAUUCAAAUAUGCCAUUUAUUUAUUUGUUCUGUUCUGGACUAUUUAUUUUCAAGUAUUUAUUUGUGAUAUGUGAUGUAAUUUA